AUGGAGUGCGUGCGCAAGAUUUGUUUCGACCCGCUCCUAACCACCAAGGAGCAGAUACGACAGAGACUGAGCAGCCUUCCUACAGGGACCGCCCAUCCCUUCAGCCCGCAGCGAAUACUGCUGUGCAAAGUUGGCGAUGAGAUUCAGGAGAUUGACAUUUCCACGUACCCCGAAGACUUUUUCUACAAUGCUGUGGACCUCGGCGAGAUGGGGGAGAUUCUCCUUCGUCGCAUGGCCAAGUUCCAGAACCACUUGAGUGUCUUUAACGACUUUCAAAUAAUGCAGGCCCCGGCGUCAACGUUCAAGGUCCCCAUUUCGUCGGGCAACAUCACGAUUCUGGCAGUUUCGACGCUGGAACCUACCUACUGGGACUUUUGCUUCGCUGAUGCACAGUGUAAUACUUGCUGCUGGAUUGCACGGAAUACAUUUACGGGCAUCGGCCAUAGCGGCGACAUUAUUCAGGACCGCGAUUUGCUCGACUACGUCAAAAUAGACGAGGCAACACUUACCGACAAGGAAAUUGGCAUAUUCAUAUCUGGCUACAGAACAACGGCGAUUACCAGGUUCCUCGGGACCUACCCAGCUCUACUAGUGGCUGAUCAUGUUGAAAAGACACUAUUCAUCAUCCCCGUCCCGCUGGACGCCGCUACCAUUGGAGACGCCACCAUCUGCUGUCCAGUCGUCUUCAAGCGCGAUGGAGAUUCCAUUGUCUUCUCAAUUCUGCCCAAAGCGACCACAGACACUGGAAUGUUCUGCAACAGCUCCAGUCUUUCUAGUCCGGCGUUCAAAGAAGCUAUUUCAAGAGCAGACUUUUCUUUAACGACCGCCCUCCCAGCCCCUGCCCAAGUUCUAGAAGUCCCAGAGUCGGGAAUCUGUCAGGAUUCAAAAACUACAGACACAGUUGCAUCCCGGGAGAACGCCGUCUUCAUGACCAAUGCCACGACCAUCCCUUCACAGCUCAGCAUGCACGACUCUCAAGUGAUCAAAUUUAGCACCGGGUUAGAAUUUACGACUGCCGACUCUACUGCUUUCCUUUCAAGCAAGAGUACCUCUACAGUAUUGCCUUGCAUUUGGGGAACCGAAUUUAAAGGACCCAUGCUACUGGCUACUGGUACUUGUCCGUCGAAUGUGCCGUUCUCGAGCGCGGAGGCGCUGCUGGAAUACUACGGGCAGCUCAAGUCUGUCGUUUUCCUGUUGAAUGAUGGGAUGACUGACAAUGCCCGCAACCUGUCUCCGGCGCUCAGAAUGAAUGCGGUAUUCAUAGUGCAGCCGCAAUCGGCAGCGCAGUCCGGAAAGCACGAGGAUGUUGUCGAAUAUCUUGAUUCAGUCAACAUCAAUGGGGUGACAGCGCUUGCUGGACCUCAAUCCCUAGUUUUGGUUCAACUGGCCGACAGAUUUUACUUUUACAGGGGCAUUGCAAAUCGCACGCAUCUGAAUACGUCGUUGCUCGAGUUUGGAUCCGACGUCACGACCGCUGUUCAGUCUGCGGGCCUCCCAGCAUUGCUUGAACCCACAGCAGAGCGCAUUUGCAAUCUUGAAGACGGCUCCAACACAAUUUUCUUGCCUAUCUCGAAAAAAUUUGUUCGACCCGAAGAGCUUGUCCAAUUGUUCUCCACGAUGCCAGUUGUUGAGGUUCGGGGCAUGGAAGAGGAUAUUUCAGCAGCCGUCCCACAGCUGCAGAUGCUUCUGAACGAGAAGGAUCUUCUUAAGCUAUCCCAUGCUCUGGUGGAGAUAUUGGUCAAAAAGACUGCAGAGGCCACAUCGCCUACCAGAACUGCUUACAUGGACUUUUUGACAACAAACUGGGACAAAAAUGAUUCCGCUGCGCUCAAGCAGAAGGCCUUUCUGCGAGGAGAGCUCAAGAAAGUGAGCAAGCAAACACAAGUCGCUCUCGAGCCUGUAAUUUCCAAGCUUUCCGCAAUGAUUUCAUUGAGAACGACAUCGAAGAGAACGCAUGACUUGAAGAGACUGCAACGACAGAGCAAGAUCAAGGACAACGUUCAAGCAGCAAAAGAUAUGACUUUCGAAAAGCUGGCCGAGUACCUGGAAGAGUACGCCUCCGAUAUGGGUGUCAUGGUGCUCAAUAUUGAGACGGGACCGUUUGCGCAGCUUUUGGGUAGCUUGACAGGCAAGCCGAUUGACGCUGGUUCUUGUUGCGCUCUCGACUCGCGCAUCCUUUAUCUUGAAGGGUUGGAUGCUGGCAUCAUUAUGGAGCAAUCACAAAGUUCUCACGACGGACCGCUACGAAACCAAUCUGGCCCUAUGGUCCCCAUCAUGUCAAUGCCAUACCUUAAUCAGGGAGCAGGGUCCGGUUCCAUGCUGGCAUGGGUGUGCUGGGACGAGUUUGUUGAUCUGGAAACUCCCUUUGGCACUCGGUGGAUGGAGAAGUGCAACGAAGCCCACAUUUCUGCACUGCGUAUUAUCAUGCGCGCAACAUUGAGCAGUGCCGUGAUAUCGCGCGAGUACAACAUCAACGCAGGCGCUCCCGAGACUGGACAGCUCAUGGGCGCGCUGCUGAUGGCGUCCAUGUCAAAGCUGGCACAGACGAGACAGUCUGCUCCAGUAGAGAUGAUCAAGGCGGAAGACACUGUAACAAAGUUGAUGCGAGGGCUGUUCGGCAAUCUGCUGACAAUCGCUGGCUCCGGUGUGCGGCCGCUCAGCAUGUCAUGGCAGCUCUUUGGUCUGGAACCCCAACUUGACAUCCCCGACAGCGACCAGGGAUGGCUGUGGUACCAGAACAUUGUCGCGCUCUACCCUUACACCGGCUGGCCUUUGGCACAAUUUCGCCGGAAUUUGCAAAAUCUUCUCGACAAGGUCAUCGUGCGCGUGGUAACAAAAGGAGAAGAUGUUUCGAGAGCGAAGGAGAACCGUGUCGCCGCCAUGGCCCGAUUCUGCCGACUCAGGAACAUACAGUUGGACCACUGUCGCACGAUCAUCACAGUGCUUAUGCGGAUGCUUACCGAGGAUGUAGACAGGGCGGCAUGUGCGUCACGACUGCUGGCGCACUUGCCCGCAACAUUGGAGAGACAGACUGAAACGUACACGCGGCUGCUCGGGUACCUUCGACAUUUAUCCAGCGGCGGUGAGCGACGUCGCGCUGAUGACGCGGCCGCUGCCAACGUCUACACGCGUCGUUCCGCUGCGUUUAGCACACUGAAGGCCCAGGUGGCUGAGGCAUGCAAGGGCACGGACUGGGGAGUGAUCAAGGAGAGCUGCAAAGCGCUCAAGGAACUGCAAAAGUCCAUCGCGGAGCAAUGGGAUAUCCAGCCUUCAACACUCAAAGUGCAGGGCAUGAGCGUUUACGACAAGCUGAUUGCCGCCAAGAUCCCGACGCCGGACGUGGAGCAGCAGCGGCUAACUCUUCACAUGUUGACGAGACAGGUCUUUGGCGAUGCAGAAAUGUCGCGUGUUCCUUGGCAGGUUGGCAAAGCUGGUGAAUUUGGCGGCGAAAUUGAGCCUCUCGACGAAGCAUUCGUGGAGGAAAUGCUGACAGGAGAGGUAACGGCGCCUAAUGAAGCCGUGACCAAGAUUUCACAAACUUUGGAAUUGAAGCCUGCUGAGGAAAUCAAGGAGGACGCCUUGGACAAGUACAAAUCUUCCCUCACGCCGGCAUUUGUGCAAUCUAUGGAAAGGCAAUUGACUCCCGAAGACGCCUGCACCUUGAUGCAUGUUCCCGUGGAGACCAUGCAGGUGUUUGCCAAGGCGCUGAAUCCCGAUUUCGCGUGGGAGGAUUUAGGCUGCAGAUUCAGAGUGGUUAUAAUGGGGUUGCUGGCGAAUCGAUCAGCUCGUAUUGAAAGCCGUCCGGUGAGGAAGUUGUUCAAUUUGGCUUGCGAAUAA